AUGUUUUCCCCAGCAGCCGAACAAGUAGACCGGGCAUCGUUGCUCAUCAAAGACCUAUCUUCUCUCCAAACAUCCCUCCUAGAGACCGGCGACAGCACGCGUCAAGAAAUGAUAGCGAAAGCGAGAGCCUUAAUCAGUACUCUGGAAGCACCUAUGGAGUCAAUCUUAUGGAUGGGCUGGGCUGAGCCAGCCAGAACGGCCACUAUCCGGAUAAGCAUUGACAUAGGCUUAUUCGAAAAGCUAGCAGCAGAUGACGGCAAGGCAAAGAAUAGCCAGCAGCUCGCCGAUGCUACCAAGACGGAUUCUGCUUUAAUUGGGCGCAUGCUCAAACACCUCGCCAGCAUGUUCAUCAUCCGUGAAACCCUCCAAGACACAUACGCCCCAACCCCCCUCUCCAAUGCACUCACAGACCAAAUCUUCUACGACGGCGUAAUCUUCACCUUUGACGCUCAACUCCCCUCCCACGCCCGUCUGCCCGCCUAUCUCCGCAGCACGAACCACAACAUCCCCACAGACGACAGCGUCUUCAAAUACAGCCAUAAGAGCGAACUAGGAAUUUUCGAAUGGAUCGCAGCCGAUCCGCGCAUGCAGACGGCUUUCCAGAACCACAUGGCUGGCUACAGCAUGGGGCGGCCUCACUGGAUGGACGAUGGGUUCUAUCCCGUGACUGAGCGCUUGAGGGGAGUGGGGGAGGGGGAGGUGUUGAUUGUGGAUGUGGGUGGAGCGACGGGACAUGAUUUGGCGGAAUUCCACGACAAAGCGCCUACCAUAUCUGGGAGACUGAUCCUGCAAGAUCAAGCCCAGGCCAUCUCCUCGAUUCGAGAGGGCGAUCGGCCAGGUAUAGAAUGCACAGUGCAUGAUUUCUUCACGCCGCAGCCGGUCAGGGGCGCGAAAGCUUAUUACAUGCACUCGGUCCUGCACGAUUGGAGCGAUGACAACGCGCGCAAGAUACUCACGCAACUCAAAGGAGCGCUGAAACCGGGACAUUCGAAGAUCUUGAUCAAUGAGAACGUGGUCAGUGAUCAAGACGCUGACUGGAAGAUUACGAGCCUAGACUGGACCAUGAUGGUAUGCCUUGGGAGUUGCGAACGAACAGAGACGCAGUGGCGAGAUCUGGUGGGGAGUGUGGGCUUGAAGAUUAGUGGUAUCUGGAAGGGGGAGGGGGCGACGGAGAGUUUGAUUGAGAUUGUACUGGCGGAUGAUGCGUAG